AUGCAGCACCCUGGAGAUGUACAUCAAUCGGCAACAGCAACGCCCUUGCUACAUCUCCCGAACGAGCUACUCCUUCAAGUCGCCUCCUACCUUGCUGCCACACCACAUAUCCAAGAAAUUGCUCGUAAAGACUUCAAGUUUGAGCGCAGCUUCACUUCAUCUUCAUCGCAAACUCUGUUGAAUCACCUAGGAUAUUGCCGCAAGCAUCCGCCUCAGCCACCUGUCAGCCGGACUGUCAAGAAGUACUGUAUAAAGACGUCAUACUACCUCAGCGCCGCGUGA